AUGUCCUUAGAAUCCUACUGGAUUCUUGCUGUCCACAAAGCUGUGCCUUAUCUUUUAGGUGCGUUGAAGAAGUGGGAGAAGAAGAGAAACCGUAAUACUGGCGAUACAAAAGUCUUCAGAGACUGGCUGCUUUUACAUUGCCCUUCCGAAACGCGCGAGAUUUAUAAGCUGCCACCGGAAGACCUCGAUAAUUACUUGGCCUCGUUCUACUCUUCUGCAAAGAGACAGAAUGGCACAGAUUUUUCUGCCAGUUCUUUGCACUUCUUUCAGAGCAGCAUAGAGAGGUACCUCAAGGACCACAACUACAAGUACAGUGUGGUUAAAGGGUUGGAAUUCAGAGCAUCUCAGGAAGCCUUGAAACUAAAGCAUCAGCACCUAUCUCAAAAAGAGAGAGAAGGAGAGUGGAGUAUUUUGGAGAACCUGACAGAUGAAGAUGUGGAAAGUCUACGUAAGAAGGGACUUUUAAGUAAGAUGCACCCUCAGGGCUUUUUGCACCUCAUGUUCACAAAUAUCAUUAGGGGGUUUGGGGCAAGUACACACAGUCAGAGCCAUAAUCUGUACUGGGGACAGCUUGUGCUCAAAAAGAACGAGGGAGAGCUGGAGUACUUGGAGUGGAAGGAUGAUCUGAACGCAGAGGUAAAUACAAGGGAAUUGGGUCCACGUCUCUUUGCCAAGCCUGACAAUCCAGAUAACUGUCCAGUUGCAGAUUAUAAGGAGUAUGCUAAGAGGAGGCCACUGGAUAUGCUUCAUGACUACGAUCCACUUUAUCUAACGCCCAAGCCUCGGUGCUCCAUAUGGGACCAAAUAUGGUACUGUAGAAAGUCACUGACAAAAGCCAAAAUGGAAAAGAUCUUGAAAGUUAUUAUCCAGCAAGUCAAAGGACCUGUAAAGAAGUCCAAGAAAUAAAGGUAUCCAUUUAGUUUCUGCUGUGCCACUUUUUGGUAGGAGCAUGUUUCAAAGUAGUCUUUGAAAGGUUUAAGUGGCAAUAUUUAGUAUAGGUUGAGGAGAACAUCCUUCUCUUCGGUUUCACCUUAGAACAUAAGUAAUCCACAAAUUUGCAUCACCUUAGUGUUCAGGUUAAGUGAAAAACUUCUAUUGUUCUUUGUAUUAAUGGAAUUGAUAGUUCAGUAAGUUAAAUAAAUAUGAGAAUCUUAGGUUUCACAUUUGUAAAAGAAGUUAAUAUUCUACUGGAUUAUUAAUGACAUGAUAAAAUAGCCAAUGUUAACAUGGAGAGGGCUCGGUAGCUGAAUAGCUUGGCUAGGAGUUUAAGCUGCACUCAUGUUUAGGGGAGCUGACACGUACACAGCAUUUAGUCUAUAGUAUAAGCCUAUUGAAAAAAGUAACACAAGUUAGUUCUGGGAUGGAAGGAGAACGGUGAAAUGCUGUGUUUGCCAGCUGCUAAUCCAUAUCUCAUGGGAAUGCUUUCAACAAGGUUUAUGUCAUUUUUCUUAGUGAAAGAUUUGUAGAUUUAAGAAGUUGCGAUUGGGUUUUAAAAAGUUAUGUAAAAUGGCUGACAGCGUUGAAAGGUUUUAUGGUAAGUGUUUUCCCCAGAGUGCUAAAUAUAGCUACAUAAAUACACUUUGGUAGAUGUAGUCAACUUUUUUCAGCUGUUCAAGUACUAUUCAGUCAAUAUGUUGUCUUAUGGUUCAGUCAAGUUACUGGGUUGCAUUGUUGACAUAACCUAAUAAAAGAAGAAUUACUCAA